UAAUUAUUAAUCAGAACAUGAAAUGAUGAUAUGAUCUAAUAAGUGAUGAGAAAACCAGUAUAAUCGUAUCUGGUUCAAAACAAAUUUUGAGGACUAUGUAUAAAUACUUCUGGAGAAAAAGGAACGGUAGGAUAAUACCGUAGACACAAGAAUGAUUAAUUUCUUAUGGGCAAUCAAAUCUUAAUUUAGAGGAUGAUCUUUUCUACCAGAUAGAAAUAGGCAAGUUAACAUUUAACUUCACAGUAUCUGAAUACAAACAUCCACAGUAUAUCAACAAGAAAUAACAAAUUAAAUAUAGGCACAUUUUCCUAAAGGGGUAAGUAACUCUUCAAUCACUCAGUAUUCAACAAUGCCCCAACAUAUCAAAUACGGCAUUGCUUUUGGAAAUGCUUUACCCAGCCUCAGAUAUUUUCUCACAGUUUCCUUAUCCAAAUCAAAUUUUUUACUUCUCCUACUAUAUUGUUUUUAUAGCAAAAGAGUGCGUUAGGCACACUAGAGUUCUCACUCAGGAGAGGAGAUUUAACAGGAAAAGGAUAUUAUCUUAAUAUGGAGGAAAGUGGAUCAACAAUAUGACCCCACAGUUCUACUCCUGGGUUUAUAAUCAAGAAAGUUGAACAUGUGUCCACAUAAAACAUACACGUGGAUGCUCAUAGCACCAUUAUGCAUAGUAGACAAAUAUGGAAACAGCUCAAAUCCACAUCAACUGAUGAAUGAAUAAACAACAUGAAGUAUAUCCUUUUAGAAAUAUCAUUCAGCCACAAAAAGUAAUGAAGUACUGAUCUAUGCUACCACAUGGCUGAACUUUGAAAAAAAGUUAUGCUAAGUGAAUGAAGGGAGCACAAAGGACCACCUAGUGUAUGAUUUCAUUUACGUUAAGUGAAAUAAGACUCUUCUGAAACAGACAAAGAAUGAGGUAGAUUAGUAGUUGUCAGGGGCUGGGAAGAGAGAGAGAUGGAGAAACAUUGCCGAUGGAUACAGGAUUUCUUUUGGCAGGAAGGAAGUUUUCUAAAACUGAAUACUGGGGGUGGUUUCACAUCCUUAUAAAUAUGCUGAAAGCUACGGAAUUGUUCAUUCAAAAGGAAGAAGCAUAUGACAUAUCAAUUAUAUCUCAAUAAAAUGUUAUUAAAAGGCUGUGGGAUUAAACCAUCACACAAAGAGAAUAAGAUUGCACCCAUGGCUGACACCCCUAAGGCUUCACAAUGGCAUAUGCACUGAGUAUGAAAUGAAGAUCGAAUACCUUUCCCAUUACGGGAAUCACACCCCUGAAUUACCGAGAGUUUCUUUUGGUCUCUUACAUGGAAAGAUUGUCCCGCUCAGUUCAAAUCCCUCACAUUUUCUAAUCAACAUUUGAGCACACUUAGCACAUCAAAGAGACUAUUCAAAAAGUCAUGUGCCGAGAAACAGGAGAGCUAUGCUUUCCUUAUAUCGGUGUUAUUAAAUACGUAUUUCGAAAGGGUCCCAAAACUCUAGGUAAGUUUGCCCAUACCACAAUAACUGAAUAAAAUUCAGAAAUAAAGAUCUGACUCAAAGCUAAUGAGAACAAUUUAUUUCAAGACACUAAUCUGAAUUCUUACUCUGUUCAUGUUCACUUGAAUUCCACUUCAGUGGACAGAGCCCCCUUUGUACAGUUUGUCAGCUAAAUAUAUCUGAAUAGCAAAUAUUUUGCCACCAGAUUUUCAGGCAGUGCGAUAUCUUCACCAAAGAGAAAAGAAGUCUUGUGAGGAACUUGUAUACCAAGGGAGAGCAUCCCUUUAUUAUUAAAGAGACGCCCUGUUUAUUAAAGCUUUGCAUUCCAGAUAGGAUCUAAUUACUUGGGGCAGCUGACUCCCAAACACUAUGAAGAAAAAAGAUGGAUAAAUUACAAAAUCUUUUUUAAAGAUAUCCAAGGCUUCUGGAGCAAUAAAGACAAGACUAAACUGGAAUUCCAGAAGAGGAGGAGACUCAGGCUGACAAUCACUGGCUGAGCUUCAUGUUCAGCAAACUCUGAGCAUGUGUGGAUUCUGAGCAUGGAAUAGGUUCCAGGUUAGCUCAAGACAAAAGACUGUUGACAGAGAGAAAGCAGCAGGAUUUGGGCUUUGUUCCAUAUGUAAAUGUGUGUUUGGUCACUCACAAUCUCACUAUCAUGUAAUCUCCGUGGGGCAAGACAAUCGAUUUCUCAUGGGUUACAUGGGACCGGUAUUUGUUCUUUAAAGAUUUUUCUUAGAAAUUUCAAUGGUGAAACAAAACAAUUCCUACUUAAAUAUCAGUUUGUUUUCCCGUUUUCAUGUUUUAUGAAUUUUUAUCCAGGAAAACCUACCACAUUAUGUGAGACUAUGGGAAAAGCUGAAAUGUGGUUGAUUCGAACCUCCUGGGAUUUCGAAUUUCCUCACCCUUCCUUGCCUAAUUUUGAAUAUGUUGGAGGACUGCACUGCAAGCCUGCGAAGCCCCUGCCUAAGGAAUUAGAAGAGUUUGUUCAAAGCUCUGGAAAAGAUGGCGUUGUGUUGUUUACUCUGGGGUCAAUGGUCAAAAACCUCACAGAAGAAAAGUCUAAUAUGAUUGCAUCAGCUCUUGCCCAGCUUCCACAAAAGGUUGUGUGGAAGUACUCAGGAAAAAAGCCAGAAACCUUAGGAGACAACACUCGGCUAUAUGAAUGGAUUCCACAGAAUGAUCUUCUUGGUCAUCCCCAAACCAGAGCUUUUAUUACUCACUGUGGAACCAAUGGGAUCUAUGAAGCUAUAUACCACGGGGUCCCUGUGGUGGGAAUCCCCCUGUUUGGUGAUCAGUUUGAUAAUAUUGCUCGUGUCCAAGCUAAAGGGGCUGCUGUUCAAUUAGACUUGCACACAAUGACGAGUUCUGACCUACUCAAUGCUUUGAAGGCAGCUAUUAACAAUCCUUCCUAUAAAGAGAAUGCUAUGAAGUUAUCAAGAAUUCACCACGAUCAACCUCUGAAGCCCCUGGACCGGGCGGUCUUCUGGAUCGAGUUUGUCAUGCGCCACAAAGGAGCCAAGCACCUGCGGCCAGCAGCCCACGACCUCACCUGGUACCAGUACCACUCUCUGGAUGUCAUUGGGUUCCUGCUGGCCUGUGUGGCAACGAUUAUAUUUCUGGUCACUAAAUGCGGCCUGUUUUGUUGCCGGAAGUUUGGUAAAACUGCAAGGAAGAAAAAGAGAGAGUAGGUUUUUUGUUUGUGUGUGUACCGGUUGAUCUGGAACAAUGUACAGAGUUCAUCUGAAUUCAUUCGGCCAUGGAUUGGAACCAGAUUCCGCUCCUGCUCUUCUGGGUGCCUGUCCAUUCCUCAGCUUUGUCACAUGCAACAUCGAAGAAUCGCCCCUACAAUGUGCCAUGUGACUUAGAAUUAAGGUUUAAGAUAAUCUAUUCCUUGAAAAGAGAUGCUAAACAAAUAAACACAUGGAAGAUGCUACCGUCAAGGACUUACUGCUUUAUUUUGCUUUCUGUUUAACCAACUAAUGCACUGUUGGAGGCCUCAGGAACAUAAGGAUUCCUGCUAUUUUCCGUACUGAUCAUACCGAACAUUUUCUACAUGUGUACCACAGUUUUGGGUCCAGUAUGAAAUAAUUAGUGCAUAUUCUCCAAAAGAACUAGACAAGAAAUAGCAUGGAGCACACUCUAGCCGGAGCUUCCCUUCCAGCCAGGAAGGUCGGGAGACUGUUAGGGUUUCUACUCUGCCGCAAAGCACAUUUCAGACAUCAAUUUCAUGCAUCCUUUCCUAUGACAUGUUUUUGAAUUUGUCCCCCCAGAAAUGCAACACACUAUUUUGUGUCUUUGAUGUGAAGAUUGUCCUUUGUUUGGAUGUUAAUAAUAGUACUUCAUUUGUAUUGUAACACUCCAUGGCUUCAGAGAUGUGGAUGAUUUUGAUAAGUUAGCAUGAUCAAUGGUAUGAUGGAAUAAAGUAAAAGAUUGGAAUUUAA